AUGAGCCAAAUUCAGAACGAAACUAUAGAACAUGAAUCAACUACCACUGGUUUUGAUUAUCAAGUGAGUAAUGACAAUAAAGAUAAUUUUGGAGAGGGAACAAGUGCCGGAUCUUAUGAUCAAAUAAAUCAAAACUCUGAAGAAAAUGAAGAUUUGAUUACAGAAGAAGAAUAA